UCGACGGAAAAAAGCCGAAGAUGUCGGCUUGGUCAUGUGAUCAGCUGUGUCCAAUCACAGCUGAUCGCAUGGAACAUGUGCCCUGAUGAUCUGUGUAGCCCCAGCAGUGCCACCUGUCAGUGUCCAUCAGUGCUCAUCCAUGCCACCUGCCAGUGCCCAUCAGUGCCACAUAUCAGUGCCUACCAGUGCACAUCAAUGCCACAUAGUGCCCAUCUGAGCUGCCUAUCAGUGCCGCCCAACAGUGCCAGUCAGUGCCGCCUAUCAGUGCCAUAUGAAUGCUGCCUUUCAGUGCUUAUCAGUGAUGCCUGUCAAUGUCCAUCAGUG